AUGAGGCGCUUUGCACUUGCCAGCGCUGCCCUCGCCAGGCGCCUGGUCCUCGGCCGCUCGCGCGCCCGCAGCACCGCGAUUUCCCAAGGCGUGUACGUACCCGCGACGCUGAGGCCUGACGCCACGCCCGACGAGGCUCCGAGCAGGACCGCCGGCGAUGAUAAUGUCUCUGGCGUGCUGAAGCGCUUUGGCGUCCAGCGUGUGCGGCCGUGGCUGGCGCACGCGCUCGCAGCGGCGGGGUUCGAGCGGCCGAGUGCGAUCCAGGCGGCCGCGAUGCCGGCGAUUGCGCGGCAUGCCGACGUGGUCGUCCACUCCGCCACCGGCUCCGGCAAGACGCUCUCCUUCCUCGUGCCGCUGCUCUCGCGGCUCGAGCCUGGUGUGCCAAUGCAGCUGCUCCUUCUCUCGCCCUCGCGCGAGCUGGCGCUUCAGACCGCUGCAACGGUGGAGCGGCUCGUGGGCGCGCCCGACG